AUUUCCAACACUGAAAAGUGGGCGGGCCAGCCUCGCGGUAUAAAGGCCCCCGUCUGCUUGGCAUAACCCUCCCAAAUCGAGGCUCCCCUGGGCUGCUGAGCCCUGUCCUGCUUCUGCCACAGGGGUGAGGAACGAUGAAGUGGGAAGGCUUCUAUGCCCUAGUCAUUGGCGUAAACCGCCACUCCACGUCCAUUGGCCGCAUCUGGCUCUCCGUGGUGUUUAUUUUCCGCAUCAUGGUGCUUGUGGUAGCCGCUGAAAGCGUCUGGGGCGAUGAGCAGUCCUCUUUCACCUGCAACACGCAGCAGCCCGGCUGCAAGAACGUCUGUUACGAUUACUAUUUCCCCAUCUCUCACAUCCGACUGUGGGCGCUGCAGCUUAUCCUGGUGACCACACCAGCCCUGCUUGUGGCCAUGCACGUGGCGUAUCAGCAGCACCAAGAAAAGAAGCUCUUGGUAAUGACAGGCCAUGGUGACACCAAGCAUCUGGAAGAAGUCAAGAAGCACAAGAUGCGCAUUUCAGGCUCACUGUGGUGGACCUACGUCUGCAGCGUCCUCUUCCGCAUCAUCUUUGAAGGCACCUUCAUGUACAUCUUCUACAUGGUCUACCCCGGGUACCAGAUGAUCCGCCUGGUCAAGUGUGACGUCUAUCCCUGCCCCAAUACCGUCGACUGCUUUAUCUCCCGGCCCACCGAGAAAACCAUUUUCACCGUCUUCAUGCUGACCACCUCCGGCAUUUGUAUUGUCCUCAACGUGGCUGAAAUGGUCCUCCUCAUAGUGCGAGCCUGCGCCCGGCGCAUCAGCCAAAGCCGCAACCCCUCCUCGGGAAAGGGCUCCUUCCUGGGGCACAAGCUGUCUUCAGAGUACAAGCAGAACGAAAUCAACCAGCUGCUGACAGAGCAGGACAGCUCCCUCAAGGACAUUCUUCGGCGGAACUCAGGGCUGCAGGAGAAGAGCGACCGCUGCUCGGCCUGCUAAAGGCCUCAGACGGCCCUCGGUGGUCAUUUGGCUUCUGGCCUGACCGGAGAGCAGGGGGCUCUUCUGAGGCAGCCGGGAGUCUGGGCUGCUGCGUCGUUGUUCCGCCUCAAGCCCUUCUAGAGGAAAGUUUGCUGGGGCCCCUUCCCCACCCUCAUCUUUCACUUCCCUCCUGUUGGCUUACAGGCUCCCAUGGAGAGUUUCUUUCCCUGGAUUUUGCAGGCACAAGAUUAGCCUACAGAAUGCCCUGGUUGCAGUCAGGCAGAGCCCAGCGGCUGGGGUCCCCCACUCUCCUUCCAAAGGCUGCUGCAGGCCCCAUCCAGCCAGGAACCCCAGCUGCAGCCCAGGGUCCCUUCUUCCUUUUCCCUCAGACCUGGUCUCCUCUCCUGCCCCCCACCCCAAAUCUAUCUGGUAUUUCUUAUUGCUUUGUCCCUCCCAGGGACAAAGACAGGCGAGCAGCAGAUCUGAGAUGUUGGGUUUUAAUUUAUACAUCGCAACUGCAAAGGCAAGUCUCCACCCUUGUGUUUAGUCCUGAGGGUCCUACGGUGCCCCAUUCAGAAAGAUUAUUGUGAGACACACCAGUGAUUCAGAAUUUUUUGCCUCUACUCCCCCCAGCUGCUUCCGGCCCAGCAGACGUUCUUUUCCUCACACUUACCAUCCUGGGUCUGCCCAACCAAAUCUGCAGAAGACCCUCCCCCCAAAGCAGGUUGGUCAGUCUUGACCAGCAGGACUCCUGUACCGUGAACAGCAGAACCCAACUCCGGCUGGGUGUGCAGCUGCUGGUGGGCCAGGAGCUCUUCCCCUGGCCAAGGAAACUGCCCGGCCAGCAAGCGUGAUGCUGUCGUCCCGGCAAGAGGCCUCGCCUCGCUGGCUGCAUUUUACUGUACCAAAGCAAGUCACAGUAUUAAAACAAUUUUACGGG